ACGGUUAGGGAAGGAGCAACGCGUCGUAUUGAACGGAAAUGACGUUUUCCUUCCCACAAACAUUAACAGGGACCGUGAGACAGCGGUGCUUUUGUUGUAGACAUUGAAAUAUGGAGAAUUUAGAAAGCCGCAAACAGAGUGAAGCUAUUCUUAUUACUGGAGGUGGUGGCUAUUUCGGCUACCGAUUGUGUUGCGCCCUUUACAGUAAAGGAUGGAACGUGAUUAUUUUUGAUGUUCAAAAGCCAAUGACAGGUGUUCAAGAAGGAGUGAAAUUUGUGCAGGGAGAUAUUUGUGACUAUUACCAAGUAGAGGAAGCCCUCACAGAUGUGAGCUCUGUCUUCCAUAUUGCAUCUUAUGGAAUGUCAGGGAGAGAACAGCUGAACAAAAAAAAGAUAGAUGCUGUUAAUGUUAAAGGCACAGAAAAUCUGAUUAGAGCCUGCAUACAGAAAGGUGUGAUGACACUGAUUUACACAAGCACUUACAAUGUGGUAUUUGGUGGCCAGGUUAUAGAGAAUGGUGACGAAUCUCUACCGUACUUGCCUUUACAUCUUCACCCAGACCACUACUCAAGGACAAAAGCUGUAGCAGAAAUGGCUGUACUGAAUGCAAAUGGCACACAGCUCAAAAAUGGAAAAGGCAUUUUAAGAACCUGUGCCAUUAGGCCAGCAGGUAUCUAUGGACCUGGAGAGCAGAGACAUCUUCCACGGAUUGUUUCCUACAUUGAAAGGGGUCUGUUUCGAUUUGUAUAUGGUGAUUCUGCUAGUCUAGUAGAGUUUGUUCAUGUGGACAAUCUUGUAUGUGCUCACAUAUUAGCCUGGCAGGCAUUAAAAGUACAAAAGCAGUAUAUAGCUGCUGGCCAGGCAUACUUUAUUUCUGAUGGCAAACCAGUAAAUAACUUUGAGUUUUUUCGACCAUUAGUUGAAGGGCUUGGAUACACUUUUCCAAAGAUCCGUAUUCCUCUUCCAUUUGUUUAUUUCUUUGCUUUUCUAACAGAAGUGGUACAUUCCUUGGUAGGACAUAUGUAUAAUUUUCAGCCACUUCUUACUAGAACAGAAGUCUACAAAACUGGAGUCACCCAUUACUUCAGCAUAGAGAAGGCUAAAAGAGAACUUGGCUAUGAACCUCAGCAGUGCAGAUUAACAGAAGUUGUUGAGUGGUUCAAGUCUCAGGGGCAUGGGAAAAAAAACAAAAUUGUCAUAAGAAGACAUUUUAUUUGGGAUGUAAUAAUUACUGCACUGCUCCUGCUUGUUGUACUUUCCUGGCUUCCUCUAGCUACAACAUUCCAUUCUCAUGGCACAAGUCAAGUGUGACAAGGUUUGUUCCAUAAACAUAUUAUGAACUGUGACCUUUCAUUUAGUUUUUUAACAUAUGGGUUUAAAUAUCUGUGGACAGUGGACAGAUGAAAUUGAUACCUCAUUUUUCAGAAAUGUCUAAGUAAUUGGGCAGUGUGCAUUUCCUCUUCGACAGAAACUCAGAAUUGGGAAAGAAGGGAUGUUGCAAGGAUCUUAAUACAGGUAUUGUUAGCCACUAAGAACUGAUUUCUGAAGUAAUCACUUAAAUGGAUAUCUGUGAUAUCUGAACAUGUCAUUAAGGUGUUUGUUCUGUGAAACCCUUUGAAAUGGCAUACAUAGGGCUGGAUUCUGAAAGAUUUUCUGUUAGUCUGUUAAUUACUGACUCUGAACUCUCACUUACCCUGAAAAUAAGUUUUUACAUUCCUUUACCUAUUCCUGCAAAUAGUCAUGAUUACUAGGAUAGUAAAUAAAGACAUGUAACUGUUUGUAAGUUACAUUAGGUAGCCUGUUGAAGCUGUUAAAUUCCUUCGGCUUUCAUGUAAUUUCAAGUGCAUUCUUCUGAAGGUGAGUGUGCUCUGUUCUGUAGAAUUUCAUUUGAUUUUUGUGUUUUACAGGGCUAACUCAAUUUCUUAUACAUUCCUACAGUUGUAGUAUAUAUUCUUUCCCUUCAGAAUAGUCUGAUAUGAUGAUUCAUGCUAAGUAUGUGUGAUACUACACUAAAUAAAAUUAUCAUCAUACCCAUCACCUUUA